UUUAAGUUCUUUCUAAUAUGGGAUAGCUCAUUUACACGUUUGGUAAAUUCUUAAUCAGUUUAGUUUUUGUGUUCCCAUCCUCGUUGACCCUUAUCGUCUUUACUCUUUAGCUUUGAUCAAUCUCACAUCUGAAAAAGAAGAAGAUGGUUUCGUGGUUAGUCGUGUUAGGAUCCAUUCUUCUUGUUAUUCUUCUUUUUCUUAUUUACGUAAUCCGUCAGUUAUAUUAUGAGGCCACCAUACCGGAAGGACCCGAAGCUGAUAAGAAAGCUAGACCAGAAGAGGAACACCUUAUAAGCCCGAGUGUUUCAGAGGAAUCGAGUUCAGGAGAAACAAAGGAAACGGGCGAUGUCCGUAUAGCUCAAGUCUGCGGGCUGUCUGGAGACGAGAUGAAAGCGAGUGUUCGUCCACCAAGAACUGCAUACUACGCAGGAUCUGACUUUGUGUUGCAGGGACAAACGGAUAGCGAUUCCGACUAGAAUUUCAUAUGAAUUUGACUAGUUCAAUCAUAUAUAUACCAGCUUUAUUUCAUCUCUCAUUUUCAGGAUUUUUCUUUCCUCUUACAAAAUGUAUAAUAUUAUGAACUAGGAUUUUAUCAAUGUAGGAUAAUUUUGUUUACACGCGAUUUUAAUUAAAUCAUUUUAUUUGAUA